AUGGCAUCCCUCUACUCAAUACCGCGCUUCCUGCUUCCUAGAGGACCUCUCCUAUUACGACCACAAUCUCGCGCAUUGGCCCCACUCGCGCCCAUUACAUCUCUACGACAUGCGUCCACGCCCGCACGAGGCCUCUCAGAGGAGUUCCGCCGACGUCAAGCAGCUCAGCAAAACAAGACGGCGCCCGUAAUACCACAGCCCGACAAAUACCGUCCGCCGUCGCAUAGCAAGAGAACUCCGAAUAGAAACCUAGAGAACAGGGUUUAUGGACCGCCAGUCUCAGAAGAGGACAAGAAGAGAAUGGCGACCAAGAAAUACCCAAAUAUGAUGAGUCCGGAAGGGACUUUUUCGCAUUGGUUCUUGAACAAUAGGGCGAUACACCUGUGGAUCACCAUGGGCAUCCUCGUAUCUCUCGCCGUCGCAGCGUGGUACAUGGACUUCAUAUCCAAAACCAUCUACAACUCGCUCCUUCCCACGCGCAAAGACUUUCUGCACCACCCCAUCGAGUCGACCGGGCGUUUUGUUAACGUCUACAAGAUGCACAUGGAGCACACAUCUCAGCAGUACUCGGAGCAAAGACUGAAAAAGGCAGAAGAUAUCGAGAAGAGGAAGCAGUAUAGACUGGAGAGGCUGCGAGCGGCAGAGGAGAAGGGUGAGGAAUAUGUUGAAGAUCCCAGAUAUUACGUGGGCGAGGAUGGUGUGAGGAGACGCAGGGUUAAGAGAUGGUUCGGCAUCUGGGAGUAA